AUGUCGCCACCACUUGACCCUGAAUUAAAAUAUCGUCAACCAUUGCAACAAAAUGAAAUUGAUAAUAAAUACGAAAGAAAUUAUGUGCCACCAAAUAUCACCAUCAAAGAACUUCGUGAUGUGAUACCUCCUCACUGUUUUCAAAGAAGCACUUUAAAAUCAAUGAGUUAUCUAGCGAAAGAUCUCAUUGCAAUAAUGAUACUUGCUUAUGGAGCUACUUUUAUAGACAAAUAUAUUGCUUCAUUACCUUUAAGGUUUUUGGCUUGGUCAUUUUACUGGUUUUGGUGCGGAGCCUUUGCUACUG